CCACUCGCUCGCGUCGUACAGACGGCUAGCGGCCGCCACGUCGCGCCACGUCGCUGUUUCGAGAAGACGGCGCUCCUGUUUUAAAUUCUGCUCCCGAUAGGCUCGUGACGAUUGAUUCCCCUCCCUCCCAUCCGGCGUCGAACGAAAUUUCCGUGAAUCGAUUCUCGCUUCGAAACUCUUUCGGCGAUGGCUCUCCCCGGCUGCCUGCGUUCGGCGGCUAUGGUUCGAACCCUGGCGAUGGCGACGUUGAUCACAGCGGUGUUGGCGGCCGCGACCGGGGACGAGAGGCGGUCGUCGCGCGUGCACGAGCGGCCGCUGAGCGAGCACGUUCACGACGACGAUCACGAUCACGAGUUCGACCACGAGGCGUUUCUGGGCGCCGAGGAGGCGAGAACCUUCGACCAGCUGAGCCCCGAGGAGAGCAAGGAGCGUUUGGGGAUGAUUGUGACGCGCAUCGACGAGAACGGGGACGGGCUGGUAACGGAGACGGAGCUCACCGAGUGGAUCCGCCACUCGCAGCGGCGCUGGGUGCUGGAGGAGGCGGAGCGGCAGUGGAGCAGCCACGACCUGGACGGUGACGGCUACGUCAACUGGGCCGAGUACAAGAAUGCCACCUACAGCUACCUCGCCGAGGAGGACCCCGAGGACCCGGACGGGUACCGGGCGAUGGUUCUCCGGGACGAGCGCCGCUUCCAGGCAGCGGACGUGGACGGGGAUGGGCGGGCAUCACGCAACGAGUACGCGGCCUUCCUGCACCCCGAGGAGCACCCGCACAUGCGCAACCUCGUCGUCACGGAAACCAUUGAAGACAUUGAUAAAAACGGCGACGGCUUCAUCAACGUGGAUGAGUACAUAGGAGACAUGUACAGCGAGGAGAGCGAGGAGGGCGACUCCGAGUGGGUGGAAUCGGAGCGGAAGCAGUUUGCGGAACUCCGCGAUACGGAUGGCGACGGGCUGAUGGGGCAUGACGAGGUGGCCGCCUGGAUCCUGCCCGACGACUACGACCAGGCCGAGGCCGAGUCCAAGCACCUCAUCCAUGAGUGCGACGAUGACCAGGAUGGGAAUCUGACGAGGGAGGAGAUUAUAGCUAAGUACGACCUGUUUGUGGGCAGCCAGGCCACAGACUUUGGGGAGGCUCUCAUGCGGCACGAUGAGUUAUGAGCCGCACGCACACACGCACACACGACGUACACGUGCAUGCAUACACUCCUCAUGCACACAUGUGCUCAUGACACGUGCUCAUGACAUGUGCACUCGCAUCAAUCACAAUGCCCUUUUUGGCCUCGGUGAUACUGUUUGGACAAGCGCUGUUAGAGAAUGCUCAUGAAGGCCAGGGCAGUGAAGCAAGCAAUAUGCAGCCUUGACCACUUUGGUCUUUUCUUUGCCGAUCGAUGUUCACUUGCUGCACCAGGUAAUCAGUUCAGGCCAAGUUGACCCGAGGGGAAGCCCAAGUAAAGUUCGCCAGUGUCCUGUACUAGAAGUUGAACCCCGAGUUGCUUGGACCGUAACAUUGUAUCCUAAACAUCGCGGCAUGGGAACCCAUUGUCGUGUCACAGACUGACACCUACACUCACCAACACACGCAGCGCAUGAGUAACUGUGUGCAUACUCCACUGCACGCACGUGCAUUAUAUCCGCGUGCACACAGGUAGAUGCCCGUAAACCAUGUGCACGUCAAUAGGCACCACACACUAGGGCAGAAGCACAUGUAUGGUUGCAAGGCAUACAUCAUGUAGCUGACAGAUUACUGGCUCCCACAAUACAGACCACCCCAAGCCAAUGUAAACCUCCCCGAAUCACUCGAUGCCAACCCAGUCCAGGCCUUCUAAAGCCAUCCCGUGUUACCAGCGGGGUGUGUUCAGUGUCCCUCGGACCUUCCAGGGCUUACCACAUUUCAUAAGCCGAGUCGACACACGAGCAAACUGUUAACUCUCCGUCUUCCAAUUGCGAGUCGGGCACUCCGGCUUCAAGCCAACAGACCACGAGCACUUUUUAUGAUGCAGUUUUUUUUUUGUCACUGAGCAGAUCAAAAUGAUUUAACACGCAUACUUGUUUACACACAAUGAUUGGUCAGGAUUGGACGCCAGUAUCUUUGCGGAGUUAGCUCAGAAUCCUGGCACGGGCCUCUGAGCUAUUGGGUUAUCUCACUUUCAUGCUUUCAAUAGUAACUCAAAGGCUUGCCCAUAACCAGGGCUAAUUGGGGUGGUGUGGUGAGUGUAAGUGUCCCGUCUAAGUGUGUGUGCAAGCAGUGGAGGCUGUGAAUGCCAUUAAAGUACAGAACGUUGAUUUGCUGAUGGCACAGGGACAUUUAUUUAUCUAUUGUGCUUAUAUCCAUUAAAGAUUUCUGAGUUUCAGUUCAUUGUUUAAAUACAUUGUGCCUAGUGGAAUAAAUAAGGUUAGUAUAAGGCAUGGAAUGGGGUGAUUCUAUGAAAGUGGUAGAGACAGGGCGAUUGAUGUAUAAGUAUUUCAGAAGGAAUUGAGACCUGGGGACAUAUGAGACCCGGUUUUCCAAAAUUCUGUUCCGAGAAGACAACGUGGUAUUUUAAACUGCGGUCAACAGGACACUUUAUAAUUCCAUAUACAGUACAUCAUGUCAAAAGCUGUGCUCACGUUAUUCAAAAUGACACUAAAUUAAGAGUUGACAGUUGGGAUGAAAAUGUACUGAAUAUCAUUUUUAAGCUCAGAUGUUUACAACAAUUCCAUAAGGAAUCUUAAAACGAUCUGAAUGUACUGCACUGCACGCGAUGAUCUGCCAGAUAUUAACACGAAUAUAUUAUCACAAAGUAAACUACCUAAAUGCCUCAUUGUGGCCAAAAUCUUGGUCUCCAAGAACUGAUUCCGAGGUUGAAAAAUGGCUUCAUAUUCCACCUAGCCUUUGAUUUCACAAGCUGAGAGACGUAAAAUGUUCACAUUGGUUCCAUCCUUUUAGCAAGGUAUUGUCCAAUUGGAAGUACAACAAUAUCAUUAAAUUUCGAUUUAAAGCUUUCGUGACUGCAGGGAUUCAUCUUCUUGGUUCUUUCGGUAAAGUCACGUAGAAUGGAAAUAAUAAAAUAAUAAAAAUACAACAUAAAAAUAUAAGUUUAUUAUGUUAUUAUUUCCAUUCUACGUGACUUUACCGAAAGAACCAAGAAGAUGAAUAUUAUCAUGGCUUAUCUAUACGAGCCAAGAAUAAAUAUAGUAUAGGGCAGUGGAGAAGAGAAGUGACUUUGCUCUAAGGAACGCCCUUUGGUUCACAGGACCUAUUGAAAGCUGUUUGGUCUCUAGCACCACGACUUGUCUGGAGGACAUUCUCACAUCUACAUCCUCUACACACCAUCAAGAGCCCACUCAUAUGAGCGACUCGCAUCGCUACGCUGUGCGAUGGUCACGGCUGUUCUAUGCUGUAUCGGGAGUGCAUGGUGUUUUUCAGUUGAAUACAGUUUCUCACGUGAAAGAAAGUUACAUGAAAGAGGUUCCAUCUGAUCUGAAGAUUAUCAAUUCACAAUGCCUCUGAAACAUAUGGUUUAAAUCUCUCUUAAAACCUACAAGAGCUAAAGUGGGUUACAAUUAUAGCCUACCCAGAUUGCUUAUGUCGAAAUUAAAGCUAAAAUUAAUCGUGCCCACAAUUGAAACCCACGAUAGUAGCACGUGUUCAUUACCUCCAAUUGGACGCCCUUCAGAGAUGAUCCAUUUUAUUCGUGGACUUAAGCUCAUGAAUAUGAAUACAAAUACAUUUUUGAACAAGUGACAUGCCAAUAAUGAUUGGAGGAAAUCUCAAAUAACCGUUGAAUCGAAUCAUUUCAAUCGAAAAGGAAGAAAGUCUAAAUUUAGUGAGUGUUCAUGCCGAAAUCAAAAUGGUUCACGCACGCUCCGUGAUGCUGCUGCUGAUGCUGCUGCGUGCCUUGGAGUCGGGUGCAGCCCACGGGCUUGCUGCUCGCCGUGGGAUGGGUGAUACAACUGCCAAUGAAGAUGGAUAGGCUGUAACCACCUCAUUGCUGUUACUUCAACAAAAUUCACAGCUCUUCACAUUAUCAUGCUACGUUAACACUGAAAUAACACUUAAAUAAAGCACACGCACGCACAAUAACACUGCAAUAACAAACAAUGCACUCCAAACAGUAACAAUGCAAUGACUACAAUAGGAGUAGAAUACAACGUCAAUUGUAUAGAUGCAAGUUGUCAAUGACCAUGUGUCAGUGCAACGCUGCAAUGUUGAUAACCUUAUAAACGAUGACACUUCAAACGAUGACAUGCUUCUGCACCUCCGAUUAGCACGGUUUGCUAUGUACGGCACGAAAGAAGUUCAACACGCGUACAACAUCUGCCACAAUCACCAGGUGGUAAACACUACAAUUGUUACCUUUGUAACCGUGAACCGUAAGCGAAUAAUGCAUUAACCGAAUGGAAAUCGUUAAAUUGGACUUCUAAAAUUAAUCGAAGAAGUUUAGUGUUUCGUUUGAGACUGACGGUACACCGUUUGUGACACGUGCAGCAGUAAGCGUCGCGUCAUCAGCUGCCCUCGCUGUAGACCGCCCCACACAGUCACUUUCAUUCACAAUUGAAGUAUUGUUUUGUCUCACUUGUUUCACUUGUUGUUUUAAUUAUUGUUGCGGCGUUCAAAGUGUUUAUUGUUUCUAUGCCACGAGCUGUGGACGUUAUAUAUUUUUCACCAAAAAUCGAAAGUGUGUUCUUCGCUUAAAAUUGUGCUCGCUACAGAAAUGGUUGAUUUAUUGGCAAAACAAUAUUCAUUUGUGGAAUAAAAAAUAUUCGAUUUAUA